CCACCACUCACCACCACAAACAAUCGCAGCCUAUCUAUAGCUUAAACCAUCUUCGUGUUUGUCUUACGCGCCUAUCCUUAACCAACGUCCUCAUUAAAACCAACAAUCUAUCGCGAGCACAGAAUUGCUGGUUCAGAACAAAAUUACGUCAACUAUGUUGUAAACUCUGUUACAAUUAAGACUUAGUAAAACGUCUUUGCCCUCUUUUCUUUCGAAUGGAGAUCAUUAAGCAUGCAACGAAAUAACAUUAAGGUUCCCCCAAUGUUUCCUGGUCAACGAGCCGUCGCGAAAGAGACGGCUCCUCCGGGGGGAUUGAGAAACGAACACUCGCCUCUUGAGGGUAAAACAUCAAAAAUCUCACAGCUGAUACACAGCUGUUUCAACAAAGCAUCUGAAAUAAUUGUCGAUGCACGAGUCAGUCUGGAAGACACGUUCGUGUCGAAAAGACCGUCAAAGCUAAAUCGCUGGUUUAAUCUUGAGAUAGAAGAAAUUGAUGUGGUGAUGAACCAAUUCAAGUACUGGAAAACAUUUAAUCUAGUUACUGAGCCCGUCCCACCUCCUAUGAUCAUCCACGUUUAUCUUGACACCUCUGGGUUGUCUUCAACGCAGGUAUUACAAUUAAGAGAAGGUGCAAAAGCGAAAAGCGUAUACUUGGAUCGGAAUUCGUCCAACAAGAUCGUUUUGGAACGCUGGGUUGUAUGUCUGGACGGCACCGUACCCGUUCCCACUCCGGAACUUACAAACGUUUACAAACGAUGCACCGUGCUCUUUCGCUCAUUAUACACGUAUGCUCGUAUUAUGCCCGUGUGGCAGCUGAAGCGUCGUCUGUCUUGGUCACAUGUACAUUGCAGUAAGCUGAAACUUGGCUAUGCGGUUGUUUCGGACCCGUCUGAUGAAAGUGAUUACGUCUCCGUGAACUGUUCUUUAAUUGAAGGUGUCGGCAGUAAGACCGAAAUGUUCUCUUUUGGAAAGGUUGAAACCCCAGUAGGCAUUUUUAAAGUUUCUGUUCAAUAUCGGACUCAUUGCGAUUUCAACGUCCGUAACACGGCAGAUUUGAUGCCCAAUGCACACGCGAACACGACAACAUUUACUGUUGGGGAUAGUGUACCCACAGAAUCACCUUCCUCUAGUCCGCACUCUCAUCUGUUGGAAGACGGGGGUGGUUACGGUUUGUCUUCACCAAAGUAUGAAGACUAUCUUUCUCAAAUUGAGUUACCAGAGUCCCUGGAUCCAAAUGACGCAUCCUAUAUUCUGAGUAAUGGUAUUCGUAAGCUGAGUAUAAACGAGAAGUUACCGCUGAGAUACCAGCCUGUUGUUUCAAUUCAUCCUUUCAAAUCCCCGUCCCUCUCUGCAUCUCCUGGUCAAAACUUUGAUGCCAGUUCUAUAUCACCAAAGGUUACCGUGAACAAAUUUGUUCAUCGCGGUCCUUCGUACACUUCUCUCCGAAAACUUUCUUCAACCGAUAUUCAUGGCGAAACCAAUACAUCUCCAGAAACUCAUAUCCCGAGUAACAAUACGCUUCCUCCCCCAACCGAUGCAAUGACCAUGACACGAACACCGUCUUUUAGGAACAGACGAUUCAGUAGUAGCUUUGGGCCACGUGAUAAGUUUGAAAGUGCGUCUUAUCAGAAAUCAAUUCCUCUACUAGGUUCAGCUAUGAAGGGCAUUUUCAAGAAGGAGGAAACACCAACUACUACGGGACCAGCCAAGUCAAACUUUUUUGACAGCAGUUACUCUUCACAGAACGAUAUUUCUGCAUUUGUUCAGUUUCUUGAUACGCAUGCUGACAAGAUUCAGCAGAAACACACACACAAGUUAACGUCUUCAGAUAAGUCUGGUUUUCAAGAACCCCCGCAAAAUCCCCUUCAACGGCGGCUUAGUGAUGCAAGAAACCCAGCUCUGCAGGCUUCCAAUUUUUCUGACAACUCUUAUGUUGGCAAAUCAAUUUCUGACUCUGCCAGUUUAAAGAAACUUGACUGUGCACCAAAACAUAGUUUGGCAAGUCUGCGUUCUCGUUUGUCCUUUUCUGACAAACCAUCACCUCUUCAGGGUUCACCCCUUCGACCCAAUUCUCUUCAACAGCAGAAGACAGCACCGCAUGACGUUUUUCCCGCAAACACAUUUCCGCCUAACGAUGCUUAUUUAGACGCUUCAAAUGUAGCUAUGUACAUGAAGCAGUUUCGGGCUGAGGCUUCUUUGAACGCUUCCAACUCCUCCUCAUUGAAAGAUUAUAAAGACACAGCAGUAUCCGCCUCAGGUAACAACGAAACGAAUGACGAUGUUGGCAAACACGCCGAUAACAAUAAUGCACUGAAUACUAAUGCGAACUCGCAAUUAUCGGCUUGUCAUUCGGCGGGUAAAGUUGACGAUUCCGAACAGAGAGACAACAAUGGAGCGAAUCAAACCAGUCUUGAUGAGCUCAAUGCAAGAAAAAGACAUUCUUGUUUUGAUGAUGACCUACUUUUUACGAUGACUGACAUGAAUCCUGAAGUCAACACAAUGUUUAAUAAUGAUAAUAUAUAGAUUUAGGAAACUGAGAACCUGAGUAAACGGAUUUCAUACUUACUGUAUCCCAAACUCGCUUCCUGUAAGCGUACCCCCUUUUGUUUUGAAAUUGCAUGUGGGAUUGUUUACAAUGGAUUGUUUAUUUAUAUGAAAGAUAGUAUAAAUGAGAUUCUCUUUUUGAGAAACGUACCC